AAUGGAACGACAGCCACCUAGAUGACUCAGUGGUUCCCAGAAAAAACAAAAGAAAAAAAAAGAGGAAGAAGGGGCCGUGGAGAAAGCAAGGGAAGUUCAGGGGGAAAGGAAAGAGAGAAACGGUGGAGAUAUAUAGCCUCCUAAAGGAGAUCACCAAAAAAAUAAAAAAGAUCGCCAAGGUUGCCUCCCACUCUUGCUUUCGUUUCAAUUUAUGCACCCAUAUCCUAGUAAAAGCUCCCGACUUGUGGAUUUUUCCCAGCCCAUAUCCAUCGUUGGGGGACACUAAGUUUGGCAAAGCUGCUGCCUUUGGGCAUCAGUCCACCUCUCCUGCUGCCUUUUUGGCUCAGUCCCCUGUUGUAGGUUUCGGAUUUGAGAAGAAGGUGGGCAGAGAAGAAAGGUAUUGAGGGAGAGAGAGAGGGAGAGAGGUUCUUUUUAGAGUGGGUUAAGGAGAUAAAGGUGGGAUUUUUACGAAGUUAAAGCACCGAAGCUCCGACCUUUUGGAUGGCAGGAGAUAGCGGAAAGAAAGCGGGACUAGGAGGCGAGGAAGCCAGGAUGUGGGAUCUCAACAACGCCGCCUUGGAGGAGGAGGAGAAGGGCUGCCGCUCUCCCGCCGGCGUGGACGGCGGAGAGGAGAAGGAGGCGGCGCCGGCAACCGCCUCCACAUCUGUGGAGGCAGGCAGCGAGAGGGACGACUCCAGCUUCUCCGCCAUCGUCGUCGUCGAGGCCUCCCAUGAGAGGGAGGCUGACGGAGGCGGCGCCGGGAAGCUCUUCGGGUUUCCCAUCUCCGGCCACCGGGACAUGAGCCCCUCCGCCGUCGUCACCCACCAGUUCUUCCCCCUCGGCAGCCCGGAGGAGACGGGCGGCGGGGUCGCGGAGGUGCCGCCACCCCGGGCCCACUGGGUCGGGGUCCGGUUCUGCCAGUCGUCGGAGCCGGGGGCGGCGGGGAAGGCCUUGGAGGCGCCGCAGCCCGUGAAGAAGAGCCGGCGGGGGCCCCGGUCGAGGAGCUCCCAGUACCGUGGGGUCACUUUCUACCGGAGGACCGGGCGGUGGGAAUCCCAUAUAUGGGAUUGUGGAAAGCAAGUUUAUUUGGGUAUGUAUGAUGUCAAGAAUUUAUAUGAAUCAAUGGAAAUUUUUGUCUUCAUUGUUGAUGAUUAUGGCAGUGUUUAUGAGCGUAUAUGUCCUUCAACUUUUUUGCAAAUGCUGAUGUUCUCUAUGAAAUUGACUUCUAUAGGUGGAUUCGACACUGCACACGCCGCUGCUAGGGCGUAUGACCGAGCGGCGAUCAAAUUUCGCGGGAUGGAUGCAGAUAUAAACUUCAGUCUGGAUGAUUAUGAGGAGGAUCUGAAACAGAUGAGCAAUCUCACCAAGGAGGAGUUUGUCCAAGUGCUUCGACGCCAGAGUACUGGAUUUCCAAGAGGAAGCUCUAGGUUUAGGGGAGUCACCUUGCACAAGUGUGGGAGAUGGGAGGCUAGAAUGGGCCAGUUCUUGGGAAAAAAAUAUGUGUAUCUGGGCCUUUUCGACACCGAAGAGGAAGCCGCGAGGGCUUAUGAUAAGGCUGCGAUCAAGUGUAAUGGGAAGGAUGCGGUCACCAACUUCGAUCCUAGCAUCUACGAGAAUGAGCUCGAUCUCCCCACUAGCCACACCGAGCACAAUCUCGACCUCUGCUUGGGGAGCUCAGGCACCAAAAGGAAUGAUCUCGAACCGAUGGAUGAUGAAGCCACCAAUGGAAUGGAUCAGCGAUUCCCAAUGGCCUUGGACCCACAAUGGAAUCGGAGCACCAGGCUGAAGUUUGAUGGCAAGCUUAAGCUGCAUGAAGAAAAAGAAAGCAGAAUCAACCAUCCCCGCAGCAAUGCCUACAUCCAGUCUCCAGUUCCUUUCCACACCAAUGAGAUGUUCGAGCACCCACAGCUUCAGAGGAACGGCGACGCCUUCCCCAUGUUCCAAAUCAUUCCGCAGCAGUUCAAUCCUUCUGGUUUUCGUCGACAUGCAGGCAGCAAUGAUGGAGCAAGAAUUGUAGGAGGAGGCCUUCCAUUAGCGGCUGGCUGCGAGCAGCAAGAGAAGCAUUCGUUCUGGGAAAACGGCGGAAACAAUUGGCCGUCAGCUUCCACCCUGCCUUCCCAAAUGUUUGCCAUGACCGCGAGUGCAGCAUCAUCAGGAUUCCCGCCGCAGAUAGCAAAGCUGCCCUCAAGUUGGCAGCAGAAGAAUGGGUUCGGGCUCUCGUGAGACCCAACUGAAGCAGUCGAGAUACAGUGGUGGUAUCUAUUCCUCUGUUCCUAAUGGGCCCAUAACUUUGGCACUGUUUUGUUUCAGCUUUCAUACAGCAGCCACAAACUACCCGAAAUCAAUCCUUUGUAGAGAUUGGGAGAUGGCUUCCUCGAGGGUGGCUCUGUUUUUGGCUGGCCUAAGAUUGUUAGUUUUUUGCUCCUGAUUGAUUUGUUUGGUCUUAUGUCUUACCUUAUCUCCCCUGGAAUUUAUCUGCUGUUAGGUAAGGCCAAAGGAAUUGGACAAUGGAAAAUGGGAAGUGGGGGGGGUGAGGAUUUUGGUAUUAUUACCACUUUAAGGCUAGAGCUGAAGUAAUACCAAACUAUGCACAUCGACUCUAGAGUAACAAAGAAGGUUGUCAUUGUCAUUAAACUAGUGGAAAACUUCAAACUGUAAUGUCUAUUUUUUGGUGAAUAAAAAGAACAGGGUCUAUUUUA